AUGCAAGACUGCCCUCACUAUGUCCGAGCAGAGCUGCUUGGGGACAAACUCGCACGUAACCUUCCAGAUUUCAAAAUUCACAAGAUUGUGAAAACAACUGCAGAAUGGCCGGAAUGGCUUUGUGAAAUAUGUGAGGCAAAUGGUUGGAAGCAUGAACAAUCACCAAUAAUUUGGAGAGAAUUGGUUGAUCGAGGUGGGAAAGGUGUUUUAAUUGGUGGAUCGAAUGAAUUUGAAGAAUAUGCAUACGGCUACUAUGGCGUUACUAUUGAUUUGGACGGCAAAAGUAUGAAAAUCAUUGCUUAUGAAAAUCAAACCACGAAAAUCGAACUUGAUGAAGAAGAAAGAGAAAGGAUAAGAAACGAAAAAUUCAUUAAAGUGUGCAUAACAAAUGCUAGUAGCCCAGUUUGUUUCAGUUUGGUCGACAGUUUACUCUCAGGGAAAUAUUUGGCAAAGAGAAAAUUUCAUUGUGUCUUCUGGACUGCGAUCCAGCACAGACAGCUGAAUUGCAAUACAUCGCUGAAAAUAUACAAAACAUGGCUUAUGGACUUCUGUAUUUGA